UGUAGCCUACAGCACAGUACACAACAACAACAAGCUGUAGCCUACAGCACAGUACACAACAACAACAAGCUUUAAAAUGUUGGGGGCAAAAGGCGAGCAGAUGAUCUUCACAAUGGCAACAAUGAAAUGACGGAAUAAUGGAUCCUUGACCUGGUCUAGACGUUGACGACAUAUCUCUGCGCACAGUCCACAUCCUGACAACCAUCCACAAACACCAGAAAGUGCGUUACUGUCAGCCCCCCGGCCACAGAUCUCGAGUCCGGUUCUGAGGUACAUACAGUACGGUCAACAUGGAGGAAUUCCCCCCAAAAUUCAGUAAGGUGCUGGUGACACCUGAUCCGCACUACAUACCGGGGUAUGCAGGUUACUGCCCCCAGCUGAAGUACCACCUGGGGACGACCUACGGCCAGCUGACCGCCAAGUUGCUGUCCUCUCCGGAGGUGUCACGCUCGCGUCGCCUGGUCCUCCACACGGGCUGCUUCCCCUCCACAGAGACAGACACGGGCCCACGGGACGAGAUCUGGAGGAGCCACCAUGGAGAACGCAGGAAUCUGGAGAGGAUGAUACCGGGCUACACUGGCUUUGUUCCCAAAAGCCAGAACUACUUCUCCCGUACGUAUGCCGAGACGUGUCGCGAGGCCCUGUCUGAGUUUGACCGGGACCAGCAGAGGGUUCGCCUGGCAUCAGCAAUACCGCUUGUCAGCAACAACACCAUCUCAGAGUUUAAACCUCGGAGACUGAGCACCCCUCUGACGGCCAUCUCUAAAGAGCCAGCCCCCUACAAGACCAUGGACCCCUGGAAGCCCAAAGGCUCUCCGUACUUCAUGGCAGACAGCAGUCCACACAAGUACUUCAUCUCAGGUUUCACAGGGUACGUGCCCAAAUCUCGCUUCUUGAUUGGGACGGGCUACCCCAUCACCACCAACAAGGCUCUGGUUCAGUUUGGGAAGGAGAUGAGGAGGGACCCCACCUUCCUGAAACUCCCUGGGGAGGAAUCAGGAGCCCUGCCCCCCAUCCCCACUGUCUACCCCUCCCACCGGGGACUUCUGCCCUCCUACACCGGCCAUGUUCCAGGAUACAGGUUCAGGUACGGUCAGACCUUUGAGAAGCUUACCCACAAUGCCCUGGGGCUGAGCGGCACUCAGAGGAAGAUUGAGGCCAGAGCCCAGUAAUGGAGGAACCAUUCACCAGACAAUCACAAGGACCAGGGUAGAGAACUGAGUGACAAAUCCAAGGACUUUGAAAUAACAGCGUCUGUGAAAAAGCAAAACUUUGGUCUGUGGACUAUGUACAUCCCAGGGUGAAAAAUAAUAAUGGCCCAAUUUUCUUUGUAUGAGCAGAACAUUUAGCAAUAUAAUUUAUUUUACAAGUGAAUGUGGAGUACAAGUCACAAGAUAACUUAUUGAUUUA